GAGACGCUUCUGUAGCAAAGCCGGCGACCGAGAGAGGGCCCAUCUCAACCCAAUCCCGCAAUCCUUCUUCCCCUCUUCGGUUCUUCUCCUCUCCGUCCGACCGCCCUCCUCCUUCCUUUCCACCUCCGCCUUCGCGUCCCGGAUCCCCGCCGCCGUUAGCCUCUCCAGAUUUGGCUCUAGGCAAUUCAGGGACUCGAGAAGUUUGAAAACAUGAGCUACUUCCAAACUACAACAAACAAGCCUCAUAGUGCGCUCAUUGUGUGCAGGCCAGUAGCUGGUCUUGGAAGGACCCGCGAGUUACCUCAUCAACAAUCUACUAGAUCUUGCAAGCUGCAAGGGCAAGUGUAUCCAAGGCUUGUUCUUGUUUCUGCUUGCCACAAAAGGCUUGGUCCUGUAUAUGCGUUGAGCGGAAAGGAGAACCCUGAUAUUGUCAAUGAUCCCUUCUCUAUGGAAUCGUUGAACAAAUCUAUGGCUGAAGCAAAAAAGCGAAGGUCCAUACAAGACUUGCUGAUAGAGCAAAUUGCUCGGAUUCGAGGACAAGGAUCUGGUGGAAAUGGAGGAAAUAAAAACCGUCAUGGAGGUGGUGGUGGUUCUGAUGGCCCAGAUGACGAAUCUUUCAAGGAAUCACUAUAUGAACUAAUCCAGAUUUUGUUAGCAACCGUCGCCUUCAUACUUGUGUACAUCCAUAUAAUAAGGGGGGAGGAGUUGUACCGCCUUGGCAGGGACUACACCAGGUAUCUCGUCACUGGUAAGAGAACAGCUCGACUGAAACGUGCCAUGCUAAACUGGCGUGAUUUUUCUGAGAGCUUCACCAAGAAGGAUAGCAAACAGGACUUCGAUGGAAGACCAUUUGCUUCUGAAUCCACGUGGUGGCAACAGCCCCAAAAGUUUGUUCAUCGUCUGGAGGAGCUUUUCAGAGGCUAUUUGCGCCCGCAUACGCAGGAAUCUUAGUUCUGGUGUCACACCGUUUUGCUGGCGUCUGAAGUUUCUCGUUGUGGCGAUGUAUAGACAAGUCCUAGUUGCAGCUAGACGAUCUGCUACCGUUGGUCUUUCUCGCCUAGUGUAGUGAAAAUACGUAUGUGUAUCUGGUCUUUGUUAGCUACAGAACAGAAAUGAGGGGAGGGGGUUCUUUUGUUCGAUUUUGAGUAGCUCACGAGACCUGGCUGCUGUGAUAGUCUGUCGGUCAAUGAGAUGCUGGUGGCAACUUGAAUGCUGCAUCUGACGGAUCAUAACUGCAUAUGUAUUGAACCAGUGUACCAAAAGAAACUGUGGCCGCUGUAAGCCUGUAUGCAUUGUGAAUUUUUGUGAUGUUGGUUUUACUUUCCACUUCA